GUGACUAUUCCGGAACUACUUAAACUCCAGUGAGAGAUCAGCAUAUUCCAUAGGUUCUUACGACGAUGGGGUGUGCGGCUUCUAGACCCGUUAAAGGUUUGCCACAUUUGAGUGACGGUUCUCUGGAAAAUGGAUCGCAAGAUACUAAACACCUACGGGUCAAGCUGGUUCUUCUCGGCGACUCCGGAGUGGGAAAGAGCUGCAUUGUUCUGCGCUUUGUAAGGGGGCAGUUUGAUCCGUCAUCAAAGGUUACUGUUGGUGCUUCUUUUUUGUCGCAAACUAUAGCUCUCCAAGACUCGAGCACAGUUAAGUUUGAGAUAUGGGACACCGCAGGACAAGAGAGAUAUGCUUCAUUAGCACCACUGUACUAUAGGGGAGCUUCUGCAGCGGUGGUAGUCUACGACCUGACCAGCAAGGAGUCAUUUCAGAAAGCUCAAUACUGGGUCAAGGAGCUACAAAAACAUGCGAAUGCAGGGAUAGUUCUUGCGCUUGUUGGGAACAAGGCCGACCUUGACAACUUGCGCACGGUUUCAACAGAUGAAGCUCGGGCUUACGCAGAGAGCAACUCCAUGUUCUUUACGGAGGCGUCGGCAAAAACCGCCGGCAACAUUAACGAGGUCUUCGAGGAGAUUGCAAAGAGGCUGCCUCGGGGCCAGCCCUCACUGACUGUAAAGCAACAGUAAAACGCCCCCAGUCUGUAUAACCAAAGAGUUUAGAAGGUCAGCUAUGGUUUGUAGAUAAAGGUCCGUCAAUGGCAGCAGUGGCUUUGUGUCUUGGGC